UGACAGGUUAGCGGCUUUCAAAAGUAACGCUUUGAUAGGACCCGAUUGAAAAAAAUAGUGAAUGUAUUCUUAGCGAGCUUUGAGGAAAAUUUAGACAAGAACAAAACAAAUUAGUUUUUUCGCACCUGUGUUCAAAUUUUGGGGAUUUUUCGUGCUAAACUAAUAUCAGGUACAUAAAAUGGACGCUUCGAGACAAACAUAUAGCGAAGCAAAUAGUACCGGUGUAUCCAUGUAUUUGUCGUUCGAUUCCAGUAUUUCUAGUGCAGCUUAUAAAACAUUGGAAGCAACCACAAACGAUCUCUCGAUGUUAUUUGACGCUGACCGCGAUGAAGAAACUGUUGAAAAUUCUCAAGAACUGAAUCAAAACAGUACAUUGGAAGCCUUGGAUUCGCAUUUGAAAUACCUUGAAUCAGUCAAGGAUAUGGACAAAUUUUCGCAGCUGUCUGUUGUGCCAAAAAGAGUGUUGCAAGAGUAUAAUGUUGUUAGUUCAACACCGACAAAAGAACAGCUACUGCGUAGUGUAGAAAUCGUUCGAGGAUCUAGUGCAGAAAGGUGCUUGGAUCUUAAGUAUGCCUUCAUGGCUAUAGAUGAGAAAAAUAAAAGCAAUCUAGCUUCGGAUAAGGAGAAUGUAUUACCUUUGAACGGGGUAACUGUGUUAUCUGACGAAAAGCCUAACGUAUCAGCCAUAACAACAAAGGAGCAAAUAACCUCAGUGGUCGAGGAAAAACCUAUAAAUAAAAAUGUUGGUGAAGACACAACUACUAAUGGCGAUGAAACAAAAAAAGUCGAGGAUGAUGGAAAAAACGCGGUUUCGAUAGAAAAUAAAGCUGAGGGCGAUAAAAAAGUCAAAGCUCCGAUAGAAAAAAAAGCUAUAAACAAACGAAUCUCUAUGGUUAAGAAGCCUUCUUGUGAACCUAACCUUUUAACUAAUCGUCCAUCCAGAAUUGCCACAAAUUCAAAUAAAAGAUUAUCCGUCAAUAACGUAGGCAUCAAAACGGAUAUUGAUAAGGAAAUCAGUUCAGAAAUACCAAAAUUGCUGAACAGAGUAUUGAAGUUCACUGAAGCUACUAUCGCCGAUGAUAAUAAAAAAACUACUGCUGCGCUAGAUAAACGUAAGUCAAUUUUGUCCAAUACGAAGGGACGUUCGUCAAUGCUACCCACAAAUGUAACGCAGGCUGGAAAACGUCCUUUCGCGUUUACUCAACGUAUGUCGGUUUUGGUAAAGACAACUUUAAACAGUCCGGCUCGUAAAAUUAGUCGUUAUUCCGUCGUACCACCUGGGCAACAAAACCGGAAAAGUGUCGCACCAAAUGUACUAUUACAUCCCAAUCGCAAAAGUAUGCUUCCGGUCGGAAUAGUACAACCCUCAAAGGGUGGUCCCAAUGCAAAAAUUCAAACCAAACCUAUUACUGAGUCCAUAAAAUGUGUACCAGCAAAUCGAAAGUCUAUCUAUCCCAUUGACAAACCAAACAUUGAUUCGCAUAAAACUACGAGCGCUUCAACAUUAGCACGAUUCAAUACGAAACCCCGUCCAAGUGUUGUUGGGAAAAACGAUACCUCGUUUAUUUGCAAUGUUUGUGGUAGAAAGUUCAGCAUCAAGUCUCUAUUAGAUGCCCAUAAACGCUCCCAUGAAGGCGAUGGAUUACCGGCAUUUGUUAAGAAAUCGACCACAAGCAUUUCGAACAAUGCUGCAGCACUUUCUCAAACAAAUGGUGUAAAUAAAUGCAAAUAUUGCGAUAAAAAAUUCGUGCUACUACGCACUUUACACAUCCAUCUUUUGCAAAACUGCUCCAAAAUACCAUCAAACGAGAAACGCAAAUUGAAAUUCCAUGAAAUGGAUCACCAAGAAAAAGCACAAUUGCCUGCCUUUUUCCACACCAACUCCUACAAUGGGAAGAUUAAUUCACAAGCUCAAACGGGAUCUACGCCAAAUGCACCGUCACAGCGUUCACAUUCAGAUUUGAGUAGCAUUUCUGUAAGUUCUCUAGAUUCUACCAACGACAAAAAAGCCCUUGCUGAGAUUACUAUGAUAGCAAACACGGCAACUUCCGCAGUUGAUGGUUUAGUACCUGAAAUGGCGGCACCUUCUGCAAGAAUGGUCAAGAAAACUACUGCACAUGCUGGAGUGCAUCGUACCCCCAACAAAUCAAUUAUUUGCCAUAUAUGCAAGAUGUCAUUUAAAUGUAUAAUGGAUAACGUACAGCACAAUAUGACGGUACACUUCCAGAAUACUGAAAAUAAAAAAAGUGAAAGUAAUGCCUAGAAUAUACCAACUAAUGCAAUUGUUUAAAAACGUUAUUUUUUAAACGUCUUGCCUUAUUACUCUAAUAUUUAUUUUAUAUGUUUUCCUCUUACGUAGUUUAUUUACGUUGCUUUUUAUACUAAUGUUCUAUAUGUUUAACGCAAUGGAAUAUUUUCAUUCAGUACUUUCAUUCUUCAUUUAGACGUGUUCAUACAAUAUUUCUAUUCUAUUAAAUAUGCGAAUUACAUACCUCAAGUAAUUGCAUAUGGACCAGAAUACAAGUAUGAUAUUUAAAUUCUAGUAUUUAGUUUCCUUCUAAAACAAUGCUCGGAUAUGUAUUUGAAAAACUUACGAAUUUUAAAUUUAAUUGUCCUGGUUAUAAUUUACAUAUAAACUUAUAAAUAAACACUUGGCUCUUGUAGUUUUGCUGAUAAUCACGAAA